CAAGUGUGAGUGAUACAUAUUGUUGUCAUCAAUACAAUUAUUUAUUGUUGUUACUAAACAUGGGAAGCUGAUGGUUUCUGCGGAGUGGUUAUUUAGGGAAUACUGUUAUUUCUUGAACGUCUGACAUAACAUGACAACUACAGGAGAGUUAUAUUUUCGGACAUGAGCUCUUUGAUAUAGUACGGCUUGUAGAUGUAGACAGAAGGGAAAUAAAGUACUAGUGUUGAUACACAGCCGCAAAGAUGCAGAAUGUUAUUAAUACUGUUAAGGGAACAGCGCUUGGUGUCGCAGAAUAUUGGACUCCCGUACUAAAGGAAUCUAAAUUCCGCGAGACGGGAGUGCUGACGCCUGAGGAAUUUGUAGCAGCUGGUGAUCACCUGGUCCAUCACUGCCCAACAUGGCAGUGGGCAGUUGGUGAUGAGAGCCGUAUAAAGUCAUAUCUUCCCCAUGACAAGCAGUUCCUACUAACACGGCAUGUCCCAUGUUCUCGGAGAUGCAAACAGAUGGAGUAUUGUGAGGAACAAGAAGAAAUAAUUGAGGCUGACGACCCUGAUGGUGGAUGGGUUGAUACACAUCAUCAUGAUCUUGGUGCUUUGGGCUUAGAUGAGAAAGUUUCGGAAAUGACGUUAGAGUCAAAGACAGAGUCUGCUGCUUUAGAACUAACAGCCAGUGGAAAAACAUCAAAACUCAUUUCUACUCCAAGUGGCAAUAGCAAUGGUAGUGCUGAUGGUGGUGGUGGUUGUGAUGACGACGAUGAUGAUGAUGACGACGAAGAACCUGUUGAUAUGGAGGAAUUUGAAGAGAGUGGCUUACUGGAUGAGGAGGAUCAGAAUACUGUAAUUGCUUCCAAUAACACUACGAAAGAAAUGGAAGCUUCUGCUGGUGAAAUUAUUCACACAAGAACUUAUGACUUGCACAUCACAUAUGAUAAAUACUACCAGACACCAAGAUUGUGGCUUUCUGGAUAUGAUGAGAAACGCAAGCCUUUAACAGUUGAACAGAUGUAUGAAGAUGUUAGCCAGGAUCAUGCUAAGAAGACAGUGACAAUGGAAACACAUCCACAUAUGCCAGGACCACCAAUGGCAUCAGUACAUCCAUGCAAGCAUGCAGAAGUGAUGAAAAAAAUAAUACAAACUGUAACUGAAGGAGGUGGCGAGUUGGGGGUUCACAUGUACUUAAUAAUAUUCCUGAAAUUUGUCCAGGCUGUGAUACCAACAAUUGAAUAUGACUACACUCAGAAUUUUGCAAUGUGAUGGGUAUGAUUUUUAUCUUCCAUUUAAUGGAAAACACUGGAAAGCAUUCCAUCUUUUCUUCUCUUCCAUACAGUGUUCUGUGAAGCUAUUGAAAGAGAUUUGAAAUACAAGAAUACUAUACAGUUUUGCCUUGUAUUUUAAUUAUUGGUUUCUCUGUAUUCAGGAGCCUUCUGCUGAAAAUAUUCACAUUUCCUUUGAGUAUAUGCAAGCAGUAAGAUAUUUGCAUGUGUAUUCUCUUGCUGUACAAGUUUUAGACUGCCUUGUUCAUGGAAAAGAAAGGUCAUUAACAGUUUGUGCACAAAAUAAAUUUGUUCCUACAUUAAAAUGUA